GUGACGCGCCCGGAGUUUGUUUACGUUCCUAGUAGAUCCAGCGGUUGGCUUCUCCGUCUCAGACGCCAAGAUGGGGAAGUCAUUCGCCAAUUUCAUGUGUAAAAAGGACUUUCAUCCUGCGUCCAAAUCCAACAUCAAGAAGGUAUGGAUGGCAGAACAGAAAAUAUCAUAUGAUAAAAAGAAACAAGAAGAAUUAAUGCAACAGUACCUUAAAGAACAAGAGUCAUAUGAUAACAGAUUGCUUAUGGGAGAUGAGCGUGUUAAGAAUGGCCUGAAUUUCAUGUACGAGGCCCCACCAGGAGUUAAAAAAGAAAACAAAGAGAAAGAAGAAACGGAAGGAGAGACAGAGUACAAGUUCGAAUGGCAGAAAGGCGCUCCGAGGGAGAGAUAUGCCAAAGAUGACAUGAACAUCAGAGAUCAGCCCUUUGGUAUUCAGGUUCGAAAUGUAAGGUGUAUUAAAUGUCACAAGUGGGGCCACGUGAACACAGAUCGAGAGUGCCCCUUGUUCGGUCUUUCUGGGAUCAAUGCAAGUUCAGUUCCUACUGAUGGCUCAGGGCCGUCAAUGCACCCCUCGGAGCUAAUAGCGGAGAUGAGAAACAGUGGGUUUGCACUGAAACGAAAUGUACUGGGGAGAAACUUGACCGCAAGUGAUCCGUCGCAGGACUAUGUCGCAAGUGACGGUGAAGAAGACCCUGAAGUCGAGUUCUUAAAGUCGCUCACCACCAAACAGAAGCAGAAGCUGCUCAGGAAAUUGGAUAGACUUGAAAAGAAAAAAAAGAAAAAGAAAAAUGAUAAGAAAAAGAAGAAGUUACAGAAGAGCAAAAAUAAGCAUAAGAAACGUAAAAACAAAUCUCCUUCCUCCUCUUCCUCCUCCUCCUCUUCUUCUUCCUCCUCUUCCUCCUCCUCCCCUUCCUCAGAGACAUCAGAUAGCAGCAGUGAGAGUGAUAACAAAGAGAAGAAAAGAGAGAAAGAGAAGAGGAAGAAAAAGAAGAAAACCAAAUGUUCUGGAAGUAAAUCCAGUGACUAUAAGGAGGGCACGUCUAAGAACAUGCUUUAUGAAGAACUUUCUAGCAGCCAUGGUGACAGGGAAAAGGCUCAGGAAAAACUAAGGUUUCAAAAACAAGAGAGUUCUGGGGAGAAUAGCACACGAGUCCAUUCUGCUUCUGAAAGGAAGUCCAGAAGCCACCGGCACAGCCCAGAGAAGAAAGGGUCUGAGAGGAACGGGGGAGUCCGAAGUCGUGGCCGGGCUGAGAGCAGCAGGCGAAGCCGAAGCAGGAGUCCGUGCAGUCAGCAGCACAGGGAGGAGAGGGGCCGGCCGCACCGGAGCCCUAGUGAGGAGCGGAGGGGGAGAAAGGGCGGCAGAAGCCAUGAAGGCGACCGCAGAAGAGAGCAUGCGCGUUGAGCACGGAGGCGCUCAAGGGCGCACAGCAGGCUUCAGAGCUGCAGAGCAACCUGGGCAUCCAGAACAGCUUUAGCAAGGGCUACCGUGUGCACUGUUAGCUAAUAAAAACCUCAGUUCACUUUCCAUCUCGCUGAACUGUUGUUUCAAGUAUUAAAGCACCUUUGUGCCACAAGCUUAAGUCUGCAGAAUUUGCAGGGAAUUUAUUUAGGAUACAUAUAGAAGUGGUUUUUGUUUUGUUUUUUUGUUGUGGUGUGGUGGUAGUGGUUUUCUUGUUGGUAGUUGUUCUUCUGCCUUGUACCAGAUUUAAAAUAUGUAAGUAAUUCUGUGAAUUUGUUGUUGUUCUGAAACACCAUUAAAACAGUGAUAGAAUCUUGAA